AUGGAUCUUUUUCAAGGUUUAUUGGUUCUACUAGGUUUGGUUUUGAAUUUGGUGUUGCUCUCUAGUGGAGGUACUACUAGUAGUUUUGUUAGGAAUGUUGAGAAGGCUGUUGAUAUGCCUCUUGAUAGCGAUGUUUUUGCUGUUCCUUCUGGUUAUAAUGCUCCCCAACAGGUUCAUAUAACACAAGGUGAUCUUGUGGGGAAAGCUGUGAUUGUUUCGUGGGUGACUGAGGAUGAACCGGGGUCAAAUGCGGUUCGUUACUGGCGUGAGAGUAGCAAGCGGAAGAAGUUAGUUAAAGGGAAAAUUGUUACUUAUCGAUUCUUCAAUUAUACAUCUGGUUUUAUUCAUCAUGCUACUAUAAGGAAUUUGGAGUAUGAUACAAAAUAUUAUUACGAGGUUGGACUUGAAAAUACAACAAGGAAGUUUUGGUUUACAACUCCUCCUCAAAUUGGUCCUGAUGUUCCAUACACAUUUGGUCUCAUAGGGGAUCUUGGUCAGAGCUAUGAUUCAAACAGGACGCUUUCUCAUUAUGAAUUGAACGCGAAAAAAGGGCAAACAGUGUUGUUUGUUGGAGAUCUUUCUUAUGCAGAUAAUUACCCGAAUCAUGACAAUAAUAGGUGGGAUACUUGGGGAAGGUUUGCUGAGAGGAGUGUUGCUUAUCAACCGUGGAUAUGGACUGUUGGAAACCAUGAAAUUGAUUUUGCUCCAGAAAUUGGUGAAACAAAACCAUUCAAGCCUUUUUCUCACCGAUACCGUACUCCUUAUAAAGCAUCACAAAGUACUUCACCCUUUUGGUAUUCUAUCAAAAGAGCUUCAGCACACAUCAUUGUCUUGGCCUCCUAUUCAGCAUACGGAAAAUAUACACCACAAUACAAAUGGCUUGAACAGGAGCUACCGAAAGUUAACAGAACAGAAACUCCUUGGUUGAUUGUUCUCAUGCAUUCACCUUGGUAUAAUAGCUACAACUAUCAUUACAUGGAAGGUGAAACAAUGAGAGUAAUGUACGAGCCAUGGUUUGUGAAGUACAAGGUUGAUGUUGUGUACGCUGGCCAUGUCCAUGCCUAUGAACGUUCCGAACGUGUCUCGAAUGUUGCGUAUAAUAUUGUAAAUGGUAUUUGCACUCCGAUAAAAGAUGACUCAGCUCCUGUAUACAUAACCAUUGGAGAUGGAGGGAACCUUGAAGGCUUAGCAACCAACAUGACAGAACCACAACCAUCUUACUCGGCGUUCAGAGAAGCUAGCUUUGGACAUGCGAUAUUUGAUAUAAAGAACAGAACACAUGCUCACUAUAGCUGGCACAGGAAUCAAGAUGGUGAAAAUGUUGAGGGUGAUUCUCUUUGGUUUUUCAACAGAUUUUGGCACCCAGUUGAUGAUUCUUCAGCUCAUGUUUCCCAUUAA